AUGGCGAUCCAGGGCGAUGUGCAAGCUGACCAGAGCAGAGCUCAAAACUACUGUGCUCCAUACCAAGCGAAAGGGUGCACCACGGGCGUCAGCACCAACGGCAUCGCGUCAGAGCAAAACUUCCACCCUAAGGCACACUUCAUGAUCCGCAAUUCGGCGGUCGGUCCUAGCACUGGACCUGGCAGUGGGGAUGGCGUGGUCGAGUUCCAUUUCAGGACUGCGUUCAUAGACAACGACCAGGCAUUCGCCACGCGGGUGGACUUCUACAAGCAAGGCAAAACCAAGAAGAACCCAACAACUACAUCCGUACUAUACGCUCAAUACGACCCCUCAGCCGAGCUUGCACCACCGAUACUUGUCAGCCAUAGCUUCCACUCGAACGACUGCCUCGAGAUCUCAACUCGGCAUCUGACCGAUCAUGAAGUUGCGAUUCAUGGCAGCCGGAACACGCACGAUCUUGCCAAGAAGCUUGACUUGGGCGUCGUGGUGCACGAACUUAUUGAGGUACCAAUGCAGAAUGCCACGCAGAUGGUUUCGAGGCAAGUCUCAUGUGUCGACGACCCGGAUACGUCAGAUCCUGAUGACGACGAUGCGACUUCCACCGAUGAUUCGAGUCCGACAGUUGUUUUUGCCACGAUAGCUUGCUUUGCCACUGCUGUCAAGACCAUUAUCGGCUACAGUUAG